AUGCCGAGAGAAGACAUGGAAUCUUUGGUAAGAAAUAUCCGUUUCGGAAUGCUGAAGUAUCAGUCGUUGUCGAGUGAAAUCCAGCAAGUCACUCUGUCGAGAUUACUACGAUUUCUACAUGUACCGUUUGCUGCAUUGCAGGAAACACGCAUCAGAGCAAGUGCCGCCAUCAACUUCGAAAAUACUGUCGCUUUCGAUUCUGACAACUGCUCGUUUCUUCUCAGCUUGAAGGUACGGCUGCAGAAAAGAAGUAGACGAGUUCCACUCGUUAAUUCCACAAUGUGGAUCUCCGCAGUGUCCACAGCAGGAAUAGGAGUGAACGGACAAUCAAGCGAACUUGUGGACAGGUUCUGUAAUCUGGCCUGUAUCUUGAAAAAGGACUCCAGCUAUGAAAUAGAUAUUUAG